AUGGCGGACCAAGAUGGCAAAGAUACCCGUGGCACAGACUUGCAGCCUGCACCUGGGCUGCGUGCGCUCCGCGUGCGGCGCCUGAGUGGCGAGCCCGUUUGCGAGCUCCAGGUGCCGGUGAACUGGAGCGAUGCUCGGCAGCAGAUCCAGGAACUUCCGCGAGCUACGCAGUUGUUGCUCGCGAGUGGAGUAGCUCAGCUUCGUUCGGCUUUGGCCGAAUCUUUGCCUGAGAGGGAGCAGCGCCUGAUCUUCGAAGGCCGAGAGCUCAAGAGCAAUGACUGCCUCGGCGAGCUCUCCCGUACCGAUGAAGCAAUCGAGCUGACGCUCGUCAGGAGGCCUCCUUUGCAGGCGUCCUGGCUUGAACGUGUCGAGGCAUCUGCCGACCAGCUACGAAAAGCUCCGAGAGCGAUCCGCUCGGACCGAGAGGUUGUUCUGUGUGCAGUGAGCCAGCGCGGAGAUUUGCUGCAGGUGGCUUCGGAGGCCCUGCAAGCAGACGAGGAGGUCGUGCUGGCUGCGCUGCGUUGGGACGCGCAGGUCCUCGCCUUCGCUGCGCCGGCGCUGCUCGAAAACCGAAGCUUCGCGCUGCGCGCCGUGGCCUCCGACGGCCGCUCCCUGGAGUCGCGGAGCCUACAGAAAGGUGCCUUUUGA